CCCGCGGGCCUUGACUGUGACAUAUGUGGUCCAGAACAAUGGCGAGUGUGGAAAAGAAGUGAAGAAACGUGUCUAAGUAGGGUGGACCAGGUGGAGAAAAGUGUCAGGUGUGAUAAAAGAGUAUCAGCAAGAAUGCAGGGGAAGGUGUACAAGACGGUAGUGAGACCAUCGAUGCUGUUUGGUUUAGAGACAGUGGCAAUGACGAAGAGGCAGGAGGCAGAGCAGGAGGUAGCAGAGAUGAAGAUGUUGAGGUUCUCUUUGGGAGUGACAAGGAUGGAUAAAAUCAGAAAUGAAUACAUCAGAGGAACAGUUCAUGUCAGAGGAGAGACACUGAAUACAUCGGUAGAAGGAUGAUGAGGAUGGACCUGCCAGGAAAGAGACCUAGAGGAGGACCAAAGAGGAGAUUUAUGGAUGAAGUGAAAGAUGACAUGAAGGCAGUUGGUGUCAGAGAAGAAGAUGCGGAGGAAAGGGUUACAUGGAGACGGAUGACUCGCUGUGGCGACCCCUAUGGGAAAAAGCUGAAAGGAAAAGGAAAAGAAGAAUGCUACUUAAAGAUUUUUUUGUUGUUGUUUGUUUGUUGUUGUUUUUUUUGCCAACCACCAAACAAAGAAGGAGGAAAAAGAAGCUUCCGAUGACUGGGGGGCCUAAAGACGCUUCCCUUACGUAGAUUUGCGUUAGACUCGGACAAGGCCCUCUGUCUUCCGGCCCGACCACACUCCGCUCCACAAUGAUCCAGUCCUUUUUAUCCCUUAUCCCUUCGCGGUUCCAACGCUGUGAUUGGAUGCUGACUGCUUGUCAGGAAGAAAGGAGUGUUGUGUUGAGGCCGAAAACAGGACCACAAGCAAUAAUUAUACAAUAUUGGGUGAUUUGUUAAUAAAUGGUGGAAGGGCAGGAUCCCUGCGGUCAGACCAGACAGACUGCUGUUUCUCUCACCACUCUGCGUCGCUCUCUACGGGUCACAGUGUUCCAAACCUGACGCUGCCUUAACCACACAUGAUCGGGGUGCCGUGCGGCGACACAGACAGAAGCUUAUCUUAGCCCUUUAUCCUUCCUAUAGCACACAACACGAUCCGGCUUUUGGUUCCGGUAACCUGAGGCUGUCGAACCUAGGAAACACUGACACAUGGAGCAGCACAGAGUGGAGCCACCAUGUCGCCUGCUUGAAAAUAGAUCCGGUGCUGAAACUGCAUAACGGCGUUUAGAAGCUGGUUUCCGUUUUCUCUAAAAUCAACCUGUUCAACCCUCCGCAUCAGUAAAAAUGUUACAAUGGGAGAAAAAUUGUGAGAAAUCAAGUGGACAAAAAAUGCUCCACAGAGGUCAAAUUACCUCUCAACACUGACUUCAAUUCAGAAGAUGCUGGGAAUAUUUCGUGGACGAAGGAAGUUCCUGGCAGCCUCUCUUGUCUUGCUUUUCAUCCCCACACUCACCUGGCUUUACCUGUCAAUUGGAAAUUUUCAAGUGAAGCCCCUACGCCUAUCUUCAUUGGAAGCACAGUCACCUCCACCACUGGGUGAUGCUAAUGCACGGCUGGCCUUGGAGCUGAGGAUCCGAGCAGUGGAAGAGGAAAACAGGGCCCUGCGCCAGGAGCUCAGUCGUCCUCUCAGGAACUCGUCUGCUUCCUAUACAAACAUCACAAGCAAAGGAAACCAAAGCCGAACUCAUUUAGAAGAAGGCACCAGUAACAAUGAUGGACAAAAGAAUGCUGCUGUGGGGAACAACUCCAACUGUUUACAACAUCAGUUAGUGGAUAAGUGUGAGACUAUCCAUGUGGCCAUCGUAUGUGCAGGUUACAACGCAAGUCGAGAUGUUGUAACAUUGGUGAAAUCUGUCCUUUUCCACAGACGGAACGCUCUUCAUUUCCAUUUCAUCACAGACUCUAUUGCAAAGCAGAUUCUCUCCUAUUUGUUUCAUUCUUGGAUGGUCCCUGCUGUCAGGGUAAACUUCUAUGAUGCAGAUGAGCUUAAGUCUGUAGUGUCAUGGAUACCUAAUAAACACUACUCUGGUAUCUACGGACUAAUGAAACUGGUGCUCACCAAGACGCUGCCCAUGAAUCUGCGCAGGGUCAUUGUUCUUGACACGGAUAUCACUUUUGCCACUGACAUUGCUGAGCUCUGGGCUGUCUUUCACAAGUUUAAAGGUCAGCAGGUUCUGGGUCUAGUAGAGAACCAGAGUGACUGGUAUCUGGGGAAUCUCUGGAAGAACCAUCGACCCUGGCCAGCACUAGGUAGAGGUUUCAACACUGGGGUUAUUUUACUUCUCCUGGAUCGGUUACGGAAGGUCAGAUGGGAGCAGAUGUGGAGACUGACUGCAGAAAGAGAACUAAUGAGCAUGCUGUCCACCUCAUUGGCAGACCAGGACAUCUUUAAUGCAGUGAUCAAGCAGAACCCGUUCCUUGUUUACCAGCUGCCCUGCUAUUGGAACGUUCAACUGUCAGACCACACACGCUCUGAAAAAUGCUACAAAGAUGUAUCAGACCUGAAGGUGAUCCAUUGGAACUCCCCCAAGAAGCUACGAGUCAAAAAUAAGCAUGUUGAGUUCUUUCGAAAUCUUUAUCUUACUUUUCUGGAGUAUGAUGGUAACCUACUGCGACGGGAGCUGUUUGGCUGUCCAAGCGAGGCUGACCCCAACAGUGAAAAUCUACAAAAGACUCUUUCAGAGCUUGAUGAAGAUGACCCCUGUUACGAGUUUCGGCGAGAGAGAUUUACAGUUCAUCGAACGCAUCUUUACUUUCUCCACUAUGAGUAUGAGCCCAGUUCUGACCAAAGUGAUGUCACUCUUGUUGCCCAGCUAUCUAUGGACAGGCUCCAGAUGUUAGAGGCUAUCUGUAAGCACUGGGAAGGCCCCAUCAGUUUGGCCCUAUACCUUUCAGAUGCUGAGGCACAGCAGUUCUUGCGAUAUGCACAGGGAUCUGAGGUGCUGAUGGGCCGCGGAAAUGUAGGUUACCAUGUAGUCUACAAAGAGGGGCAAUUCUAUCCGGUCAAUCUCCUGCGAAACGUGGCCAUGCAGCAAGUCAACACAAACUAUAUGUUCCUAUCAGACAUUGAUUUCCUCCCCAUGUAUGGCCUCUAUGAGUAUCUCAGGAAAUCAGUGGUACAGCUUGACAUGGCCAACAACAAAAAAGCCCUAGUAGUUCCAGCCUUUGAGACUCUGAGAUAUCGCCUCUCCUUCCCAAAGUCUAAGGCAGAAUUACUCUCCCAGCUGGACAUGGGCACACUCUUCACCUUUAGAUACCACGUGUGGACCAAAGGCCAUGCGCCAACUAACUUUGCCAAAUGGCGGACAGCCACCACACCUUACAAAGUGCUGUGGGAGGCCGACUUUGAGCCCUAUGUGAUGGUGAAGAGAGACAGUCCUGAGUAUGACCGCCGUUUUGUGGGCUUUGGCUGGAACAAGGUGGCUCAUAUCAUGGAGCUUGAUGCACAGGAGUAUGAGUUUGUGGUCCUGCCAAAUGCCUAUAUGAUCCAUAUGCCCCAUGCUCCCAGCUUCGACAUCACAAAGUUUCGCUCCAAUAAGCAGUACCGGGUCUGCCUUAAGACCCUGAAGGAGGAGUUUCAGCAGAACAUGUCUCGUCGCUUUGGCUUUGCUGCUCUGAAGUACAUGACAGCUGAAAAUAACAGCUAGUCAGCACUCCAGGCUCAAGGUCCUCUGGAGCAGAACUACUCAAAAUGUUCAUGGGGUAGGAAAGUUAAACACAAUUGAAUUACUUAAAUGGGGUCCUUUGGAUUUUGUAAGACUUCAGAACCUGAGACUUUAAAAGAAGAUUUUAGCCUGAGCAACCUUGACUUCAUAUUUUAUCUUUUUGUGUGAGUAGAAGUGAUGAUUAUUGAGGAUUGCACUAAUAAUAGCUCUUUUGUGGUGACAGACUGUGUGGGCCAACUGUGCAGUCCAUCAUGACUUGGAAAGAAGAGGAGAGAAUUAAUGUCUUAUCACGUUUCUAAGACCACUGACAGAUUUUGUGGCUGUAAAAUAAUAUUGUGAGUGUGUGUAUCUUUCCUUCAGGACAGAGCUUAGGAAGAGCCGUUGAAAGAGAGGAGUUGAAGAAACCACCACAGUUUAACUAAUAGAAGGCCAGAUGAAGCAAAGCAGGAAAUACGUCCCAAUAGAUCAGAAAUCUCUGGAGGUUUUUUCUCUCAUUUUGAAUCAGACAUUAGUGUUUUCUUCCCUUCACAAUGCUUGAGGUGCCACCAUUACAAACUGGGGUAGGAUAUUUUAAGAUGGCUGUGUUUUGAUUUUAGCUAGCUUGGUCAUUGCCUUCCUGUGCAUUUUUGCUCAAAAAAGUUUUUGCUUCCAGCACAGUCUAGUAUUGCUCCCCUUGAACCUGGUCGAUUUUUGACUAGGGUCAAACAAAAGAAGUUCACCACAAAAUUAAUAACAUCGAUUUUGGUUUGGUUGAUGUUUUAUAAUUGUAGUUUUAGCAAUGGCAGCAGAGGAAGUGAAGAAAGCCGCUCAGUCCAUAUUGACCACAAUUCCAAAAACUGAAUGAACAUUAACAGCCGAAUCAUUCGGAUCGGCACAUCUCUCUUCACAGUGGUCAAUGGUUGUUGCUGGCAACUUCCGGUUAGCUUCUUAGUGUCAAACUGAGAGCAUUACAUACGCAAAUGUUAGCGAUUGGAUGAAAUUUAAAACCUUAGCACAGGGUUGCCUCCAGGAAGCAAUCAUUUCUCAACAACCAAGAGCUGUUGAGAAAUGAACAGCUUAUUUCAACAUUUUAACAGUAGUAUACUGUAUGAAGCAAAGUAUAGUAGAAGAGAAACUGUUUUUUACCCAGGCCAGGUUUAGGUGCAGCUCAGCUGAAUGCAUAGAACCAACAUGAUGUAUGAGCCAAAACAUGCUGGGAUUUACCCUGUCCAGAACUGAAGUAAACAGUUUGAAGCUGGUGUCGAGAAAGACUCGCCUGGUUUCUGACGACCUUCUUUCAGAUGCCUCACCCUUCUUCCCCCUGUGAAUCAGCCAGACUGAGCAGCCUGCAGUCAACUAGUUUCACAGAAAACACCUGUUAACGGUCACUCUUUCUCUUUAUUACAACUUGCAUUUGUUACUGAACCAGGUUGGUUUUAGGGACUCGGGUGAGUCCCUAAAACCAACAUAUAGUUUUACAUAUAGUUUUGGGCUUAAAGCAACCUAUAAAACAUUUUCUACUUUUUCUUCUCCAGAAUCAAACAUCAUAGGUAUUUUAUGACCAUCAAAGAACUUUGAGGUGACUCAUUAAUUGAAUGUACACAACAUCUUUUAGAUUUUCUUUAUGCUAAGUAUUUUAUUAGUAAGACAUUUUUGCAAGGGUCAGUACAGCUUAAUUCAGUGGCAGAAAUAAUCAAAUAAGUAAAAUCAAUCAUCCUGCGUAUCUUUCCUUAAUUCUGACACUGAGAACUAAAAAGGGAACUUUUGAGAGAGACGGACAGAGUUAUGGCGUUUCGGACCCCAGAACUUGCCUGAUGAUGAAGAAGGUGUUGCAGCAGGAGGAGGAAGUUGAUCAACGAAGGCAGGGAUCUCUGUUGGUCUGAUGAGCUUUCGUCUCUGAAUGUAUGGUGAGGUCACACAGGACUUGGGUGCUGGCAGGAGGAGUACUGACUUAGAGCGGCAGGUCUUGGGUCUUAGGAUGACUUUCUCGUGUGUAGCGUUCCUCAGCUUCUUGUCUUGCGGCUCUGAAGCUCCCUUCACCUUGUCUCACAAUCUUUCUGGUCCGUUGAGAUGUAGACGAGCUGACCUCAUCGAAGGAAGGCACCAGUUCUUCUUCUUUGUCUUUGCCUUGGUCUUUGUCUUUGAGGUAUGAACCCAGCUGAUGAGAGAAGUGCGAUUUGAAGCCACAUGUUGCGGGGUUGAUGGGUUGGUCCCCAUGCGCAGGACAGUCUACGGUUCUGUGGCCCCGGCUCUUCUUCAGCUGCAGAGUUCUUUAUCCAUCUCAAUCUUGGCUUGAUGCAAACUACAGUUUCUUUUGUAUAUUUUAGAUAUGCUCUAUGAAGAAAUCAUUGGAAUUGGUAUUGGAAACUGCAAAUAGGUGAAUCCUCAAAUACUGAAUAGGCAGGGUUCGAUUGUACCAUGGUUUUGAUCCAUUUCUUUACACCCUUAUCCCUAGUGGAAUUGGGAGGGGUGCCUAUCUCCAGUGAGACAUUUCUAAUGAGAGGCAGGGUACACCCUGGACAGGUCGCAGUCCAUCGAAGGGCAACACUAGACAAACCACCAUGCAUGCUAUCACUCACACACAAUUUAGAGAACCCAAUUAACCUGACAGUCAUGUUUUUGGACUGUGGGAUGAAGCCAGAGUACCUGGAGAGAACCCUUGCAUGCUCAGGGAGAACAUGCAAACUCCAUGCAGAAAGACCCCGGGCCGGGAAUCGAACCCAGCAACUUCUUGCUACAAGGCAACAGUGCUUUCAACUCUGUGCAGCCCUACCAUGGUAUUAUACUUUUAUUUUUUAGUUUCUCCUCAUACGUCUCUUAGAGUUUACUUAUAAGAAUAAAUGCCAUUCUGUAAUAAAUGCCAGAAACAUUU